CAGAUCUGCUUCGCCGCCCUCGUGGCGGUGAACUGGUGGGGCUACCAGGCCCCUCGAGAGGACGAGGAGCUGCACACAGAGCACGUGAAAGCCGUGGCGUACACCUUCCUUGGGCUCUUCGUGAUCAUUAUUUCUGAAUUGCUUAUCCGGAUCGCAGCUCAAGGUGGACCUCUUCAGCACAAAAAUUCAUAUCGGAGGUUCUUCUCGCUGUUCUUUCACAAGUUCGAGGUGUUCUUCAUCUGCAUCUUCUGGUACUGGGUCUGGCGCGUCGUGUUUGUCCCGCUCAGGCGACAGCGUCUCUUCGGUAUCGUGCCGCUACAUCUUCCAGCA